AUGCCUCUUGUUGAUAUUACGAAUCCAGAUGUAAUAAAAUUUUUAAUCGAGAACUAUGACAAAACAGCGCUUUUGCGAAUGAAAUGGAAUCGUAUACAUUCCAAUAAACUGAAAAAAGCCGCUACCCUCAAUCGAGAGCCAAAAGGUUAUUUUGAAUCAGACGUUUUAGAAAAUGUAAUGAUAGGAGGGAUGGCAACCAUAACAAGAGAUCACGAGGUAGCUGGAUACAAUAGAAGACGUAAGCCUAUACGUGAUGUAAAAGAGAUACCAGGAAUAUCCUUUAUGAAAAAAGGCAAUUCUAUAGUAGAUGUCGGCCUGGGCGAUCCUGCUGAAGAUCCACGACUGAAGCGAUCAGAUACAGAUCUUUCGGCUGAUCCUAUAAUGAGACCGGUUCCUCCAGAACAAAAGGCUAUAAUUUACAAGGAUAUACCGAAUUUCGGAAGAAAGGUAUAUCUGUCGAAGAGAAGCAAAAUAGCUCCAGAAGCCAAAUACUACUUUAAUGAAUGUAGCGGAUGGGUAUAUGGAUGGAGAUUGGAAGACAGUUUCUUUAGAAGAAACCCGCAUAGGUGCGGCCGUGUUUGGCGUUUAACCAGAGAUGUGAAAAGUCGUACUGGACCUCAUCCAGAUCCGGACCAUUACAAAGAUUCAGACCCUCCAGGACCUACAAAAUGUUUGAAUUGA